AUGGUUGAAAGAUUGGUGGAGAAUCAUAAUUUAUGUGAUGACCAACAAGUGCUGAACGAUGAAUGUGGUAGGAUGAAUAUGAAUAUUCCGAAUGAAGAGCGUGAAGGUCAACAUAUUCUUUCUCCUGAAGUUCGGAAUAGAUUGCCCAUUAUUAGUGAAGUUGCUGAUAGUCAUGCUCAAGAUGAUGGAACAUGUUUUUGCAAAGAUAUGUCGUUUAAGAAUAAACAAGAAUUAGAUAUUGCAUUGAAAAUUGCUUAUGUCAAAAAAGAUUUUAGAUUGAAAAAGGUAAUUAAUUCGUGUUCAGUGUAUUGUGUCAAAUGUGAGCAUCUUGAAUGCAAGUGGUGGCUAAGAGCGGUGAAAGUUGAAAAUUCUGUUAGAUUUUAUAUUAAAAAGUAUGAAAAGAUGCAUACAUGUGGCUCGGAACAUCUUACGAGUCAUAAUCCACAUGCCACAACAAAAGUCAUUGAAGCAUACUUCAAAGAUAGAUAUCCCGAAGGUAAAGGUCCAUCUACAAAAGAUUUGAAAAACUCUAUCCGUAUUGAAUUGGGAUGCAAGGUUAGUUAUUGGAAAGUUUGGAAGGGUAGCGAGAUUGCAAAGUCUUUGGUAAGAGGGACACAUGAACAUGGAUAUGGAGUGAUUGAUGCGUAUAGUCAUAUGCUUAGGACAUCUAAUCCGGGAAGUAAAACGGUGUUGAAGAUUGAUGAAAAUGGCAGGUUCAAGUAUUUUUUUGUGGCAUAUGGAGCUUGGAUUCUUGAUUUCGCACAAAUGAGAAAAGUCAUAGUUGUUGAUUGGACAUUUUUGAGAAGUAAAUAUGGUGGUGUGUUGUUGUCUGUUGUUGCACAAGAUGCGGAGAAUCAUAUUUUUCCAGUGGCAUUUUGCGUAGUAGACUCUGAAUGUGAUGCUUCCUACCGAUACUUUUUCGAGCAAUUAAGAAGUUUUGUACUUGAUACUCCUGAAUUGUGCAUAAUCUCUGGUAGACAUCAAAGUAUUAGAAAAAUGGUUUCAAUUGUAUUUCCUUUAGCUCAUUAUGGUUGUUGCAUGAGGCACUUAGGAGAGAAUAUUCGAAAUAAUUUUCACAAUGCGAGUGUUGUCUACCACUUUUAUAAGGCGGCAAAAGCAUAUAAUAUUGAUGUGUUCAGUGAUCAUUUUAAUCGGAUAAGAGAUUUGGUUCCACAGGCUGCUACACAUCUUGAACGCGUUGGAUUUCACCGAUGGAGCAGGGCAUUCUUUCCCGGAAAUAGGUAA